AUGGUUGCCGCGCUUCAAAUGAGUGGUGAUGAUACCACUGUUUGGCUGGAUGGAUACUAUUCACAGAAGCUAUGGCUAAACCAUGUGUCAAAGUCAGGGCACGGCCAAGGAUCCGAGCUUAUUGCCUCAAAUGUGCAAACAGCAGGGCCAGUUACUCCCAAUCACAAAGAUGAGAAGACGGACUCCGAUAUUUCUCAUGGUUCUGGUCGAGGAGAGUGGGAUGGCUACUUUUUUGCCGAGAACCCGCACAGCAACCAAGAUUUAAGGGAACUCAUCCCCCCAGCUUUGGCCGCUCUUCAAAAGGCAAAUCAGUCUUCCGAUGGUUGGAAAACACCUACCACCACCGGUCCAAGAUUGGCUCAGAGGGCAGAGACAAAUUUUGUUCGCAAAUAUUUCUAUUUCAAGCUUCCAGGAUAUCACAGAUGCCCUGUGUUCAGUUUUGCAGGUUCCCACUGGCACUGA